AUGUAUCUACAGAGCCUUUUUACCUGCCAACAGUGUGGAAACAGUUUCACUCAUAAAGGAAGCCUCAACAAGCACAUGAGAGUUCACAGUGGAGAGAAGCCUUACACAUGCAAUCAGUGUGGAAAGAGUUUCAGUUUUCAUGGAAACCUUAAAGUUCACAUGAGGAUUCACACUGGAGAGAAGCCUUUCAUCUGCAAACAGUGUGGAAAGAGUUUCAGUCAACAUGUAAAUCUUGAAUCUCACAUGAGAAUUCACACUGGAGAGAAGCCUUUCACCUGCAAACAGUGUGGAAAGAGUUUCCGUCAACCUGGAAAUCUUAUUCACCAUAUGAGAAUUCAUACUGGAGAGAAGCCUUUCACCUGCAAACAGUGUGGAAAAAGUUUCAGUCAACUUGGAACCCUUAAUUAUCAUAUGAGAAUUCACACUGGAAAGAAACCCUUCUCCUGCCUUACCGUCCACAGGCAAAUUCACACUAUGGAGAAAUCUUUCCUGCCAACAGUGUGGAAACAGUUUUACUCAUAAAGGAAGUCUUAACAGGCACAUGAGAACUCACACUGAGGAGAAGCCUUACAUAUGCCCUCAGUGCGGAAAGAGUUUCAGUCAAGAACGAUACCUUGAAGUUCACAUGAGAACUCACACUAAAGAGAAGGUAACCUUAGGUACCACAUAAAGAUUUUACCAAGAGGGACCUGCUUGAAUGUCAUCAGUGUGGAAUGAGUUUUACAGACAAGAAAAGCCAAGGAAUCAUUCAGGGACAUCGGAGAGAAGACUGUCAUGUGCCAUCACUGUGGAAAGACUUUCACAAACAAAGCAAAUCUUGAGUUUCACAUAAGCUGGAUGAUGGCAUAACUUCUUCCGUAGAGCUGCUUUACAGCUGAAUCGCAUCUUGCAACAUUGACAUUGAUUUCAGUCAACACUGAACAGAUUCUAACUGAAUAACUACAUUGCUGUCUUUUGUAGAACUGUUUACAGCUGAAUUGAUGUCAUUUCAAACUGAAAAACUUCACAGUAGUGGCGGUUCCAAUACAGAUUUGUGCAAAACUUUUGCAAUAUUUUAUAAAUAUUGAUAAGAUAAGUAUUACGAAAUGACAGCAUUUCCAUUAACCAAUGUUAUGCGACUGAAACGUAAGCUUUUGCCUCUCGCAAAACGGAUUUUGGCUAUAUUUAUUCAAAGGAGGCAUAUGCGUGUAUCUUUACAGAAGUAGCACAGAGAGCCGCUUCAGAAACGUGCAUGACGCGGUUGGAAUAAACACAAGCAUUGUCUAGAGUGGCCGCAAUCAGCUUCAGUGGCCAUAUCAGAGCCACACUGUACGGCAGACGUGUGCAGUGUAAACUGUCGAAGCAUUAAUGGUAGGGAAAGCCCCUUAUACUGGAGAGCAGCCACGUAUGAAGUGUUUCUUGUAGGCUAUAGUACAUUGAAGAAAAACUGACUUUUUACAUAUGUGACCUGUUAACCUGCACCCCCCAUUUUGGGACUCACAGCUGAAAAUGACCUACCUAACUUAAAAUUGUAAUAGUUUAUGACUGAUUUUGGUGUAUUUGGAAAGAAGACUCUUUGGGCUUUACUAUCCAUCAUCCAGAGUUGAUAAUGCUCAAAAAGUUAAAAAGUUAUAGACACUGAA